AUGCCGCCGAAGAGAGCGUUCUACAUAGCGCAAGACACGCCGAACGUCAGUCCGAAGCUUGGCCCUGUCGAUGCCUUUCCCCUUUCGCGAAAGGGCGGACUACCCAUUCCUAGCGUAGGCGUACCCGGCCGCAUUCGACGACCGAAGAAGAUCCUCUACCUCUUCGUCAUCUUUUUCCUCCUGUAUUGGUUCGGCAUCCGUCAUGGUUUGGGACGAGAAAAGGAGGAGCGCGGUCCGCCCACGCCGCUCGGGUUCGCGCUCAAGACUGGCGAGCGACACAGACCGCGAACGAUGGUGUUUCUGAGGAACGGAAUAGCGUCGUUGCUGCCGCUGCGUCGGGGAGCACCCCAGCCCGAGCAUCCUGUCUAUGAGCUGAUGGAGCGCGGCGAGGAGCUCUGGCGCAAGGUGCGCGACCGCCAGUCCAAGACGCUCAAGGACGCGGUCAAGGAGUACCGCCGUCGCUACGGUAUCGACCCUCCGGCCGGCUUCGACGAGUGGUUCAAGUGGGCGCAGGAGCACAACGUCGAGCUCGUGGACGAGUACGACCUUAUGAUGCGCGACGUUCUCGCUCACCACGCCCUCAAACCGGAGACGUUCAUCGGCCGUUCCGAGGAGCUCAGCCGGAACCAGUCCUUCGCUUACACCCUUCACGUCACCCCCGAGGAAGUCACGAUCACCGGUGAGCGUGCCGGCAACGCCCGACCAAAGAAGUUACUCAGCAUGGUCGACAGCUUCAAGGCUGCUCUGCCAAAGGGCUUCUCUCUUAACAUUACCGGUAGUGACCACGACGUUAGUGGCGUCGUGCUCGGAAAGGACCAGAGGAAGCGCGCGAUGGAGCUGGUGCGCAAAAACAAGUACUUUACCGACGAGGAGCUCAAGCACUACCAGAAUCCAGGGCGCUCCCCCGUUUGGGGUUGGUUCAAAGCCUGCCCCAUCGACUCUCCCGCCAACAGACUAAACGACCCCAGCGAGGCGCCCAUCAGCGAGGGCCAGUCGUUCAUCCACGACCAUCUGUCGACGAUGGACUUUUGCGAGUUCCCUCGGCUGAAAGUCCUGCACGGUGCGCUGCAGUACGAUCGCGAGGACCGAUCGCCGUCGCUGCUCAAGCCGUGGCUGGUGCACUCGAAGCUGCCGGGUGACGCGUCCUUCCUCCUGCCGCCGAUCGAGGGUUUCACAAACCUGACAGAGAAGGACAUUCCGAAACUCGGUACCUGGGACGACAAGCUGGACCAUCGCGUGCACUGGCGCGGAUCGACGACGGGCGGUUUCUCGAUCCAGCAGGACUGGCGCCAGUCGCACCGUAUGCGGCUGCACUUCAUGUUCAACGACAAGAAGGGCAACGAGAGCUACUGGGGCGAGACGUUCCGGGAGCUGAUCCAGCCGGACGGACAGGGCGGGUACGAGCGCGUCACGCGCAACAUGCCGGUGCUCGCCAAAGCGUACGGCGACGUGCAGCUCAGCGGCAAGCCGAUCCAGUGCUCGACGGACAAGAUGUGCGAGGAGAUCCGCGACGAGGUCGAGUUUGGCUCAGUCCUGAAACCGAAGGACGUGUGGAUGUUCCGCUACUUCCUCGAUGUGGACGGGAACGGAUGGUCGGAGCGCUUCCACCGUCUGCUCUCGAGUGCAAGCCCCGUCAUGAAGAUGACCAUCUUCGCAGACUGGCACAUGCCCGACUACUCUGACUUGUACGACAUUCUGGCCUUCUUCAUCGGCCCCGUCAGCAAGGACGGCACGAUCGACCACUCCAAGGGCCACGACUACCUUGGCAAGAAGAUCGGCGAGGCCGGGCGUGACUUUUCGCUGAACCACUGGCGCUGGGCAGACAUGCAGGCUUAUGUGAGUUAUCUUACCCUUGGCACAACUGACAGACAGCUGUACCGUCUCUUCCUGGAGCUUCACCGUCUUCACCAGCUGGACCGUGACGCGGCCUCGUUCAAGGGCUCCGGUUAA